AUGAACGACCAGGCGAAUCUGCCUCCCUACAUUCCGCCAAAUCAAGGGCUCCCUCAUCCUCUAUCGACAUCAGACGAAGCAUCGCAAGUCAUGUCGAGGCCACCUAACUAUCCGGGUGCGCCACCAUCUUCAUAUCCAGGUGGCCCACCAACGCAAGCACCAUACCCUGGGGGACCAGCACAAUAUCCAGGAAAAGGAGGGUACUAUCCUUAUCGGAGAGGAAGUGACAGUAGCGAUGAUGGAAUUGGCUCCUCGAUUCUCAGCCGGCUGAAGUUUGAGGCGAAGUCAGAAAUCAAGGAAACUACGAGUAAGAUAGACAGAUGGCUAGGUGAGGGCCCUCCGCCUCCAAACUGGCAAGGCCAAGGGCCAUCAAUAUCACUCUUUGAUCCCUUAGCACCACCACCCGCAGAUGGACAGAACAAAUCAUCAUACUUGGGGACUUCCCAAAACUAUGGCUCGACGCAGAGUUACCAAGCCACUCAACAGCAACCAUUUCCACCCAGUCGAGGUGCGUCGCCCCUCUAUAAAGGCGGAUUUGCCCCUCCACAGCUGGCACCGUCAUUUCCACAACAGAACCAACCAGUCCCCUACCCAGGAUCCCUGGCCUUCAACCGCGAGACCAGCUUGACAGCAGCUCAAAACUCUAGCAUGCAACAUUUAAACAGCCAACCGAAUCCGCUGAUGCCUUACCCAGGUGCUCCAGGUUUUGGCAGUGCCAAUACAGCACAAUCUAUUUCUGCGCCUAGCAGUCAGCAACAAAACGAACCACUGACAUAUCCUGGAGCUCUAAGCCCCCAAUUGCCGCCCAUUCCUUCUACUUCUCAACAAUCAAAUCCAAUGAUGCCAUACCCUGGCGCCAUACAGACAAUGGAUCAACAAUCGGCUUCAAGUGUCCUACGCCAGCAAUCGAGUGCACAGCAAAUACUCCCAUAUAAUUCCCAGCAGCCUCCUCCCCAGACGUAUCAAGGAGUCCAGCAACCACAAGCAGGUACACAGAAUCCCCAGCCGCAGCCUUAUCCAGGGAUACCUCCAGUUCCAGUAUCGCAACCACAGCAAUAUCCCUCAUUUCAACAGCAACCUCCACCAGUACCAAGUGGACAACCUCAGCCAUACCCAAGCGCAGCCAGUCAAAUUCAGCAACAAGGUCAAAUGAAUGCUCGACCUGGUCAAUACACGAUCAAAAGCGGCGAUACCUUUGACGCGAUUGCAGCAAUGAAAGGUACCACGGCAAAGGUACUGCAGACCUUGAACCCGGGAAUGGUAGCAACUGAUCUUGGAAUCGGGGCAGUAAUGAACCUGCCAGGCCAGGAAGCUUUUCCUCAUAAUCCUCAACCACAGCCGUUUCAAGCGAGCCAACAACAGCCACAGAUGCCGUUUCCACCACAACAGGCUGGUCAGCAAGGACAGGUACAACAGGGUUCCGCGCUUCAACAAUCAAGUGCCUCUGCUAACCAGACGUAUUCGACAAGUCAGCAAAAUACACAGCAAACUCGACCCCAGCAGCCUCAAGUAGCCGGCCCUCUACAACCGCAAGGCCAAGCCCAAAGUCAACAGCGGCAACAGCCAACUUCACAGGCUCAACUUGGACCACCGCAAGCGCAGGCACUGAAUCAACCCCAACCAACCGGAUUUCAACCACAGGGCCAGACUACUCAAGUACAGAGUCCUGGGCGACAACCACUUCAAGCAACAGGUGCCUUUCCAGUAAACCCACAGCAGCAGGCACCAGCACCACUCCUGCCCCAAGGAGGUAUGCCUGCGAAUCAGCCGGGAGGUGGAUUGAAAAGAGGAGGUUCAGGUGCUGGUCCUCUCAAGCCAAUCGGUCGAGGUGCCUUUCCAGUUAAACCACAACCCUCGCCACCUAUGCAACAACCAGCACCUCAAAAUAUACGCGUUGAUCCAAUGCAAGGAACAAGCCAGCCUCAAGCAGGUGCUCAAGCCACUCAACAAAAUCCACAAGCCAAAGCACCUCCUAUGCCAAAGGCGGCUCCUGCCCGAAAGCUUCCACCUCCUUCUAAACCACAGAAAGAACCUCUUGCGCCGAAAGCACUUCCUCCUCCGAAGCCUUUACCAGCACCCAAACCACAAAAGGAACCACCCAUGCCCAAAGCAGUCCCACCUCAGAAAGCACCACCCAUGCCGAAGGCCCUACCCCCGCAGAAAGAGCCGCCGAUGCCCAAACCACAGAAGGUACCACCAAUGCCUAAGGCGCUCCCUAUACCGAAACAGCCAUCAGCGCCUAAACCCCCCAAGGAGCUCAAUGUACCCUCUGCUGCCAAGCUUACUAAAGAACCUUCAAUGCCCAAGGAGCCAGCGCCUCAGACUGGCGCGAUGAAACCCCCGAAGGUUCCAAAAGAUUCGGGGCCUUCACCCAACCUCGCAAUGAAAGACAAAACUAAGGAUGGCAAAAUCAGUAAUAUUCUAGACGAAUCGAAUGGCGAUGGGAAGCAUGAGGAGCAAGCGCAAAGCAAAAAAAUGUCUCAAUCACAUUCAGAGACUCGACAAGAAUCGCAUUCGACGAGUCAAAUCUCUCAUUCUCAGUCAAUUUCUGAGAAAAGCCUUCAUACCAGCUCUUUCAUGGAGCUUACCGAUGCCCAGAAGUUCUCUGAAGGUUGGAUGCCUAUUCGUGGCAAGGAAGACCACAAGUGUGGAUCCAUGUUCGACGCUGAGGGUAAGAAGUUUGAGGGCUGGAUGAGUAAUGAUGGAGAUAUGUGCGAUCGAGAUGGUAAGGAGAUGAAUGGUAAGGCUUGCGAAAUGUUUAACGAGCAAGGUGAGGUAGUAGCAGGUUGGAUGAAGGAAGAUGGAGUGUUCUGCAAUGAGUUCGGAGUCCGGAUGGAGGGUGUUGAGAUUUGCGAUGCAGAGGGAAAGAAAAUUGAUCCAUCUGAAAUUCACAAUUCUAAGGGGAAGCACGAUGAAAAUCGGAUACCACUUCUAGAUUCAUUUGGCCAACCGGUUCUGGAUGAGAACGGGCUCCCAAUGUACGAGAAUGAUACCGAAGAGGGCUCAUGGGUUGACGGUGAGUGGGUUGAAAACCAGUCGGAGGCGGAGAGCGAAGAACAAUCAGGGGAUGAAAAUCCCGAAGAAGACGAACUUGAACUUGACGACGAUAAUCGGUUGAUCUUAGAUGAGUCCACUGGUUCCUGGGUCAACAAAUCAGGGGAAGUUGUUGAAAUUAAUGUGGAUGAAAUCGAGGAACUGGAGGACUCCGAGGAUGAGGAUGAGGCCGAUGAUUUUGAAGAAAAGACCUCCGGUGAAGCUUCGACAACACACACCAUAACCGAGACGCGUACGACUACUACAACACUGACUUGGACGCUCACGUGGAGUAAAACCACGAACAAAUGGUGGAAGAAACGUACCCAUUUAGGCGCCGAUGAGCUUGACGGAAAUGAAUCAGAUGAGUUUGACGAGAGCGGCGAGCUCAUCGAAAAAGCCUCCGAGGAUGAAUCUGGCGAAGAGUUAGAAUACGACCAAAAUGGAGAUCUAAUUGAGUCGGACGACGAAUAUGAUGGCCCAAAAUUCGAUGAAGACGGGAACCCAAUUGAGUCUGACAUCGAAGGGGAAUCAGAUGAGGAAGAUAAGUCUGGCAAAGACUUUACAGCCUCUGGGCCAUGCAAGGAACACAAAGUUGAACACUGCCCCAAGAAAAGCUGUAAGCCUGAGUCUGGUGGAUGUUUGGUUCAUGGUCGGAAGCUUUGCGAGUCUUGCACUAAAUUCUUUCCUGAAGAUGCCGAGGUUGAAGAGCCAGAUACGACAGCUUCUGAGUCGUGCAAAAAGCAUAACGCUCCGCAUUGCCUUCAGAAGGAAUGUGCACCCGAGUCUGGCGGUUGCAAGAAACAUGGUAAAAAGGAUUGCCAAAAGGGGUAUACAGCCUUCUCCGAUGUAGAUGAGCUUGGCGAGAAUAAGUACACCGCCUCUGGACCUUGCAAGGAACAUGAUACUCCUCACUGCGAGGAAGGAAGCUGUAAGCCGGAAGCUGGCGGCUGUAAGGUACACGGCGCGAAGCUGUGUGAAUCUUGCUCUCAGUUCUUCCCAGACGAGAGUGAUGAUGAGGACGAAGACAAAGAUGAUCAGCAAACAGCUUCUGCGCCUUGUAAAAAGCAUGACAAGACACAUUGCCUGGAGAAAAGCUGCGCCCCGGAAAAAGGUGGAUGUAAGGUUCAUGGAAAACAGAAGUGUGAAAAAGGCUGCAAAGACUUCUUUCCUGUUUCACCCCAAAAACAGAACGGCGAGGAUUCACACACGAACCACCUUAAGUGCAAAGCGCACGGUGAAAAAGACUGCAAAAAGAAAGGAUGCAAAACCGCCGACAAAGCUUGCAAGAAGCACGACAAAAUUGACUGCGACAAGGGCUGCUUUGAUGACUUGGAUGACGAUCUUCCUCCGCCAGCAACAGAACCAUGCGAGUUACACAAACAAAAGAAUUGCCCCAAGAAAAGCUGCAUCCCCGAGAAAGGCGGCUGCCGGAAGCACGGAAAGGUGGAUUGCGAGAAAGGCUGCACUGAUCAUCUCGAUGGAUUGCCUUUGCCUGCGACGGAGCCUUGCGAGUUACACAAGCAGAAGAACUGUCCGAAGAAGAGUUGUACGCCAGAAAAGGGUGGCUGCAGAAAGCAUGGCAAAGUGAAGUGCGAGAAGGGUUGCACGGAUCAGGAUAAAUCGGACAAGGAGAAGAAAUCCGCUAAACCUUGUGAGGCGCACGAUAAAAAAGACUGCUCAGAUGAUAAGUGUCAGAAAAUGGCGGAUGGCCCUUGUUUCAAGCAUAAAGACGAGGACUGUAAAGUCUGCGUGCGACCUGGUAUGCUCGAUGACGUUGAGAGUGACGAAGAAGAUGCAGCUUCCGGGGAGGAGGAUGAAGAUGAAGAUGAAGAUGAGGAGGAUGACGAGGAUAAUGCAACCGAGGAUGGCGAGGACCUGGAAGACGUUGAUUCACAGGGCGAUAUUGAGUCCGAGGUUGAUGAAACUGAAGAUGUCGAGGAUGAAUUGAAAGUUGGCUCUGGAAUCGACGAAACGGAAUCCCAGGUAGAAGAAGAGGCGCUUGAAGAUAUGGCUUCUGCAUUCGAAGAUACCGAGGUUACGGAAAAGCCCAAGAGAUCAAAAUCUGGUCCUUGCUGGGAGCAUGGAGAAGAGAAAUGCAAGGAAGGCUGCUUCGAUUCUGAGGAUCAUUCGGAAUCUAAGCGAGGUCCAAAGCGCAAGUCAUCAAAGAAGGCCAUUAAGGAGAAAGCCUCCAAGGAUAAAGGGGAGCACAACAAUGGAGGUGAUGAUGAGGACGACGAAAACGAUGCACAUACCGAAGAGGAAGAGGAUGAGGAAGAAGAACAAACUUUGAUCGCUAAGAAGUCUUCGAAGUCUUCUAAGAAGAGCUUCAAGUCUAAGAAUUCAAGCUCGAAGAAAGAGGUUCAUGAGCAUAAGCAUGAGGAAGACGACGAGAAGGAGAACGACGAAGAAGAUGGACAAGACACUGAACAUGAGGAAGAGGAAGAAGAACAAGCUUUGGUCGCGAAGAAGUCGUCGAAGUCUUCUGCUAAAGCCUCUAAAUCUAAGAGCUCAAGCUCAAAGAAGGUGGUUCAUGAUCAUGAUCAUAAGCACGUUGAGGAGGAUGAAGGAGUUACGGAAGAUGAGAAUGAUGAAGAAGACGAGGAAGACGAUGAAGACUCUACAAAAACUUCCAAACCCACGAAUAAGUCAUCUAAGAAAGGAACCUCUUCCAGAGCUGAGAAAUUAACGAAAGACAAACAUGAUCACGAUGCUGCUGCAAAACAUGACCACGAUAACGAAGAUGAUGAUGAAGAUGAAGAAGAAGCUGAGGACGAGGACGAAGACGAAGAGGAUGCCGAGGAUGAUGACGGGGAAGACGAUGAAGAAGAGGAGGACGAUGAAGAAGAGGAAAACGAUGAUGAUGAUGAGGAAGUCGAGGUCGAGGAGGAAGAGGAGGAGGAGGAGGAAGAAGUCGAGGUUCAUGAGCAUGAAAAGUCUACGACCAUGACAAAGAAGCAACUUUCCAGUCACUGA